ACCCAUCCUUUAAUUUCCCAACCGCCCCGCCUCAACGGCUCUAUACGACGCUUCCUGUUUUUCCCUCAAACAUGGCGGCCGCCCACCUCGUCUCACGCCCGCUCUCCUCCUCCAAACCCCUCGGAAACCCUAAUGCCACCGCCCCCCACCUCUUCUCCAAGCCUUCCCUCUCAUUCCCGACGCCCUCCCGAUGCAAAUCCCUAGCUCUGAGGGCGUCCUCCGCCGCCGCCCCGGCCGCGGCGUCGGAGGCCGGGGCCUCGUUCCGCCACUGCUUCUCCAAGUCUGCCGAUGGUUACCUCUACUGCGAGGGCGUCCGGGUCCAGGACGCUAUGGAGGCUGCCGAGAGGAGCCCCUUCUACCUCUACAGCAAGGACCAGGUCACCCGCAACUUCGAGGCCUACCGGGAGGCCCUUCAGGGGCUGCGCUCAAUCGUCGGGUAUGCCAUCAAGGCCAACAACAACCUCAAGAUCCUGGAGCACCUCAGGGGGCUCGGGUGCGGCGCCGUGCUCGUCAGCGGGAACGAGCUCAGGCUUGCCCUCCGUGCCGGCUUUGACCCUACCAGGUGUAUAUUUAAUGGAAACGGGAAGAUCUUGGAGGACCUUGUAUUAGCAGCUGAAAAGGGAGUAUUUGUUAAUGUCGACAGUGAAUUUGACUUGGAAAACAUUGUGACUGCAGCAAGAGUUGUGGGAAAGAAAGUUCCAGUUUUACUUAGGAUAAACCCUGAUGUUGAUCCGCAGGUUCAUCCUUAUGUUGCCACUGGAAACAAGACUUCAAAAUUUGGUAUUCGCAAUGAGAAAUUACAGUGGUUUCUAGAUGCUAUCAAGUCAUACUCAAAUGAAAUCAAGCUUGUUGGAGCCCACUGUCAUUUGGGAUCGACCAUCACAAAGGUAGACAUAUUCAGAGAUGCUGCAGCUAUGAUGGUGAAUUACAUUGAUCAAAUUUGCACGCAAGGUUUUGAACUAGAAUAUCUGAACAUUGGAGGUGGUUUGGGAAUAGAUUACUAUCAUACUGGCGCGGUCCUUCCAACACCCAUGGAUCUCAUCAAUACUGUACGUGAGUUGGUCCUUUCUCGAGAUCUGACUCUCAUUAUUGAACCUGGAAGAUCUCUUAUUGCCAAUACUUGCUGCUUGGUUAAUCGGGUGACUGGUGUUAAAACAAAUGGUACCAAAAAUUUUAUAGUGAUUGACGGCAGCAUGGCAGAGCUCAUCCGGCCUAGUCUCUAUGGAGCAUAUCAGCACAUAGAGCUGGUCCUCUCCUCCCCUUCGGAUACAGAAGUUUCGACCUUUGAUGUGGUUGGACCUGUGUGCGAGUCUGCUGACUUCUUAGGGAAGGAUAGAGAGCUUCCAACACCGGCCAAGGGAGCUGGCUUGGUUAUUCAUGAUGCUGGUGCAUAUUGCAUGAGCAUGGCUUAACAUAUAAUCUUAAAUGCGCCCCCUGAAUAUUGGGUUGACAAUGGAUCAGUGGUGAAAAUUAGGCAUGGGGAGACUUUUGAGGACUUCAUGAAGUUUUUUGAUGGUCUCUAAUUCUUAAGCCACGGUCAUUUUGUUUAAGUGAACUGUAAGGCUGCUCUUGUAAUUUGCAUAAUGCGCUGCAAUGCAUUGGAAUUUUGUGAUAUGCGUUCUUCUGACAGAGUUUGUGUCAGUGUCUGCUCAGUAUCUGUGCUUGAUUAUUGCAAACAGCAAAGAAGGUAAGCAAGAUCAAUGGAAGAAUAAAUGAAUGUAUGCUCUACAAUCUAUUGUAGAUACAGUAACAUGUGCCGUGGUAAUAGCUGAGUCCUGAAUUUCAUGCAUGGACUUCCAUGACUUGACAGUUAAAAAGGUAAAAAAGAUCAGGUAAUUGUUUUCAAGUGCUUUGAACCAUUUACACCUGGAGAGAGUAAAUCAUGUUACUUGGGUUGUGCUGUUGAGAUUCUACAUUAAGGAUGAUAAUUGCGUUUGAAAGGCAUUUCCUUGGAACAAGUUCAUUAGUUGCUGAAGAUCAUGGAAUCUCUAGCCUUUUUUUUCCUAAGUACUUAUUUAUUAACUAUGUUGUAAUGUCUAAUGACUUGUAAAAUACACCAUAGAAGUGGAUCAGUGGCUUUGAGGCAGAACAGAAGUUUAUAGAAGAUGUGGUCUUGUUUUUUUA